AGUGAACUAACGUGUUCAUUUGCAACCAUCUGUUGUAUGUGUUUGUUGUUAGCUUCGGUUAAUUUGAUUUCACAAGAAACAGAAAAAAACACUGGUUGAGAUGAGUUCCUGGCAUCCAGAAGAUGAAAUAUCCAUAUCGGAUUCCGAAGACGAGGAUGAUGGCUUGAAAAAAGCUUUUCAUGGCCGGGAUGCCAUUGUUUUUGUGGUUGAUGCCUUUUUGUACCAUGAACCGGACUUUUUGAUGGCAGCGUUCUCCUUAAUCCGGGAAGCUUUUUUAUCGGGACUGCUUGUGAAUGACAAAGAUCUUAUGGCUUUGAUAUUGACUAAUACUAAAAACUGUCCUGAACCCAAUGAAGCCAACUGUUUGGACGCCAUUGUGAUGCCCGAAAAUUGCGCCGUAUUCCUGCCUCCACGUCAAUUGAAUACGGCCAUUGUUAAACAUUACUUGGAAUUUCUGGAAACUGUUUCCGAAGAUUUCGAAGAAGUCUAUGGUGUGUGUGAAAAUGAUGGUGCCAACUUUUCUCACAUCUUACGUUUAUGUUUGGAUUUGGUUGACCAGUGCACCUAUUCCGUAGACAAUACCACAAUCGUUUAUUUAACCGAUAAAGAUACGCCUCAUCCAGUUAAUUCCGAGGCAUAUGGACAUGCACUACAGAAAGCUUCUGAUUUGAGUGGCAAAGAGGUGGAAUUCCAAAUUAUUCCAAUGUGGGAUGAAUUUAACUAUGAUGUAUUUUACAAGGAAUUUAUAUGUCUGGUACAUAACAUUGAGCUAGAUUCAUUUGAGCCCAUGGACCCUCAACGUUCAAGAGAAAUGCUGGCAGAUCGCAAAUUCAAACAAAAUUUUGUUAGACGUUCGUUGGGACACUUCAAACUAACUUUGGGCCCUGAUUUGGCGCUUUCUGCUCAAUACUUUAACUUCUACCAGAAAGCUAAAGGACCUCGUAAAGUUUUAAUUCGCCGUGCCGACAAUGCAGUAAUACAGAGAAAACGGCUCACCAAAGUAUUCAAAAAGGACCCUGAAACGGAAGAGUUAACUGAUGGACGCUUGAUUAACAUUACCGACGCUUGGUACGAAAUAAAUUUAGGCAAUACGCCCAUACGCCUAUCCUACGAACAAGUCAAUCGUGUCCGUAAUCUACAUCAGCCUGGUAUGAUGUUAUUGGGAUUUCAGCCACGUUCAUGUCUGGAUAAUUUCUCAUAUUCUAAAACGUGUAACUUCAUGUAUCCUGAUGAUAGUCAUAUUGUUGGGUCUAAACGUUUAUUCCGUGCUCUCUGGGAACGUUGUAAGGCUAGAGAUAAGAUUGCCAUAUGUUUGUUUAUGAGCAAACGGAAAUCAAUGCCCCGCUAUGUGGCCCUGGUGCCAGAAUCCAGAGAAGAUGCAGAGAGCGGAUCGCACUACUCUUUAAUUACAAAUGAUGGCUUCAAAAUAGUCUACAUUCCCUGUGCAUCGUAUGUACGUGAAUUGGAUCCGUCCGAAUGGAAUUCUAUAGAGAACAGUGCAUCUGGUGAACAGGUUGAUAUUUGCAGUAAAAUUGUAAAGAAGUUCCGCUUGGGCUACGAUCCAACAAUGUUCUGUGAUCCGGAAUUAGAUCAGCUGCAAACCAAACUAUUGGGUCUGGCAUUUAAUGUUACAAAUGAAUCUACGGGCAGCCGUUAUUUUCCCGACGCAGAAAUGCAAGAUAAACGUAUUGAAUCAAUUCUACCAAAGUUUCAAGAGCUCUUUGGUGAAGAUGAGGAACCUGCCAAAAAACGUUCAGCCGCCGCCAGUAAGGCAGAUGGCUCAAAUGCAGCUAAAAUUCCAAAAUUGUCGACAGACAAUUUGAACAAUAAAGAUUAUGUUUUGGAUAUGGCCAACAAAAAGGCACUGGAUUCCUGUACUAAGGAUCAGUUGCUACAAAUUUUGGAACAACAUUACAACAGAAAAGUUGCCAAGUCAACUAAGAAGCAGGAUCUUUUAGAUAUAAUUUACAACAACUGAAAGAGUUUGAAUAAAAAUGAAUUUGUUAUUCUUUUCAAAAGAAAAAAGUAGUUGAAUUGGGUCUUAAAUUGGAAAUGGAUAAUGAGAUUCGAUAUUGAGUAAAAAACCCAGAAUAAAUUGGCAAUUUUGAAAAUUCGUCCUUGGAGGAUUCUAAAAAUGGCAUUUCGAAUAGUUUUGCUUACAAAUGUCACAAAAUAAAGAAUGAAUGAAUGAAAAAGA